AUGUUUUCUAAUAAAGUUUCUGCGAUCUCUCAUUCAAAAUCUGAUCAGCCUAAUCCACCACAAACAACUGGUAGCCAAUCGGAAACACGUUGUGAAUACUGUCGACAAAAAUGGAAGAAGAUUCUUUUGACGAGUCUAACAUCAGCACUAAUUACGACCAUAGGCGUUAUCGUUAUAAUGAUUAUGGCAAAGAAAAAUUCAGCUCGACCUGCUACUACCGCAAGACCGACAACGACAACUAUUACGGCGACAACCACUACUGUUAUGAGGAGAACCACUACAACCAUUCCCAUGAAAGGGAUGCACCAAAUCCAAUUCCAGUCAAAUCCAAAUCCAAUUCUAGAGUUGGAUUUGGAUAUAACUAGAUUUGGGUUUGGAUUUGAUCAGAAUUGUGGUGCCCAGAAUCGAUCCCAGAAAAAAGUUCCGAAAUAUUUCGGGACUUUUCCUGGGACCGAUUCUGGGCACCACAAUUCUGGGCAAAUGAUAACCUACGAAAUAGAACUGCGAUCACUGAAUGACAUGAAUCUGGUCACCAGCUGCUUAAGUAGUAAUCGAGUCACUGUGUUACAUGAAUCUGGUUACCACGUCCCUGGAUAG